AAAGACCGUCGCCUCCAUACCUCGAGGGAGAGAGUGUGUGCCAAGCGAGUGAACGGGUGCACAGUGGGUGUAGACACGCUAGGGAGGGAUGAUGUCGGAGAAGUACCUCCAUGUUGUGGAGCGUCUCUUGUUGCAGGAGAAAAAGGACUUCUUCGCUUCAGGCUUCGCUUGUUGCCGCCACUGCGCCGUGCAAGAGGUGUCUCGGGAAUACAAGACGGAAUCUGCGUGGAAGAGCAAUAAUACCUGAUGCAGUCUGCAGUCGCAGUAUGCAGCGGUACCUUGGGCUUUGCAGCAUACAUGUACCUGAUAUUAUCCAUUAAUAAGAGAGUCGUUCGGAAAGAGCCAUUAUUAUUGAACCUAUCACACGAGUUUUGACAGGCAGGGAAAGGAUUCAGGUCUGUGCUCAAGUCUGAAGGCUCCACACCCACCACUCGCGAUCUCAGUCGUCUUCCACCACACACAACACCACAACACCACGCAAUUGAACCACAACCACCCUCCAACACGCUCGCUAUAUUACUCUUCUUCGCCCUCCAGGACUCGCACGUACCACAUUGCCGCGCCGUGACGACCGAAGACGGCCUCGGGACGAGUGGACGAGACGGAGAGGGAGUCGUUUUGGCGUCGAGGAGGCGCAGCAGGCCAUUCGGCCGGUGACAGACGCCAGGAUGAUGGAACACAGACGGUCACUGCUGGACGGCGACGCGACACCGACACAGGAGCGGGCCAAUGUGUUUGGCGACGAGCACGAAGUCGACGAUGAUUCCGAGUGGGAUGGCGUGGCCGAUGGCUUCCGGCCCAAUGUCGACAGAAGUGAAGGGGAGGGUGGGCGCCAAGACGUGGUCGACGGCCACCCUAUUCGCAGCAUAUCAGCGCACUACGCUCCAGGGACGAUAACACCGGCGAUGAGUGCAUCCGUCAACAGAAACUCGACAAGGAAAUCGACCGCCCACCAAAAUCCCUUUGCGAGUCCCGAGGACGAACAUUCAGCGUCGCCGAAUGGGCCGCGAGAUCACAGCCUAGAGUUCGAACAAGAUGACAUUGUACGGAGGUCAAUAUCUUCGACGUCCUCCUCACACUUUGCGCCCACGCAUAGCCCACGAUUCGGCACUGGCCCGAGUCAUCCUUACAACAUAUACCCUCAGACCGCGAUCUCGGCGCGGACGCUGAGUAAUGCCACACAAUCUACGAUAGUAGCGCCCUCGGCAAGACAUUCCUACUCCAACAAUGUGCCAGCACAUCCAUAUGCAAUGUAUCCGCAAGGCGUGGGAGAAGAUAUGGACGAUGAUGAGGACGAACCAGAUGAUUUUGGGAUAAGACAGAAUCCGGUUCCUGUAGGCUUUCCUGGUCUGGGACAAAAUUACACCCGGCGGCUAGGCCCUGAUGGUGAAGAUCAGGACCUGAUCGGCGAAGACGGACAUACGGAACAACUUCCACCAUACACACGAUAUCCAGAAGAUGCACCAGAGAAGGCACCGCUAUUGAUGCCGACAGCACCUACAGCACUCUUUAGUAGGGCGCCAGUGGCUGGCACAGAUCCCAGCAUGCCACUCAUGCACACGAUGAUACAGCCAUCGGCGGCACCGGCUCCACAAUCGAUGACAGACGUGUCGACACUCCAUCGGCAGGGUUCUCGACUGUCCAGCAUGUCUGGCCAGGCUCUCAUACGACCGAAUACCUCGAAUGACUCAGCUGAGCGCACAAGUACCGCCACCGCUGAGAAGUGCUGGAAGAAGAAAUCAUGGAAAGAGAAACGGAAAACGAGAUUCUGUGCGGUGGGCGGAUAUCGUGGAGUUGCAUUCCAAUGGAUCUUAGUCGUUGUCUGCGUCAUCGCCUUUGUUGCGGCUUUGCUAGGGGGCGUUGUUGGUGGAUUCGUCGCUGGUGGUAACCACAUGCGUGGAAAAAAUCCUCCAGUCACAGUCGUCACUUCGCUGUACGAUGCUAGCAUCAUCGCAUCACCAACCUCAGGCGCACCUCCAACAGGCACAUACGCCCUUUCGUUGGGCGAGCCUGAAGAGACACAGUGCGAUUGUCUGACGAAUAAGGAUCAACAGCUCGCAUGGGACUGUAAUCUCUCUCCAAACUCCGCACUUUCCAUGAUUGUCGAUCAGCCGCCGAACUCGCAAGGACUCGGAGCCGUCCUUCAGUAUGCAUCAUACGAUUGGAGGAUUGGAUACGGUGCUCAGCUGUCCUUCAUGAACACUAGCUUUGCACAAUUCCUCACCGUGCAAGACCAAGACGACAAACAAAAUGGCCCAGCGUUCUACUUCCAGCAGUUCUACGACAAAGUCGUUGUAGUGCCUGAGGCGGCGAUAUCGACCAGCAGCAAUGACAAAAGCAAACGAGCGUUGUACAGUCCAGAGUGGUCAGUGCCGGAGGCAUGGCAACGCCGGAAGCAGCGUGCCUUCCCCGGUGAAAAGCCCUGGUUCUGCGUUUGGAAUGAGACUUUGCUCGAAGGCUUCAUUUAUGUCACCGAAUCACUCACUACGACAACAUCGAUGACUCAGACCAGUAACAGCAGUGUCAUGCCAUCUACGUCACCGCCGUCUUCGCCAGCUCUGGCCACAGCCACUCCCACUUCGACUGGUCCAGGUGUCGCGAAUACCUUUGUCCCUUCAGGGCGGCCCGCCGGCGGACCGAUCAUCACUUCAACUCUUACGCACAAAAUGACCACGGCGACGUACACUGGUCCAGCCUCGGGGUUCACACCAUGGUCUUUCUCCGUCAAGGAAGCAGCUAAGCAAGGCCCAAAGGACGCAGGGCCACCGGAGAGCCAUCCGAAACGUGAUGAUGGUGAUGGUGAUGGCGAUGUUGCUAACCCUGUGGACCAAUGGACUCAACUGCCACAAUUUCCCUUUCUCGUCAAGCUUGAGGAGCGACGAGUGGAGGGAGCGCCGACGCCUUACUGCCAACAAUAUCAAAUCUUGGAUAAUGGACACGCCAACUGGAUAUCAGACGAUAAUGGGAAGCCUGUCAUCGUCCAGCUGGACGAGCAGGAUCCCGACUAUGACCGCGGCGCCCGCACUCCCAAUAGGAUGAUGCAAAGGCGCAGCGUCCCUAAUGCCUGCCACUGUCAAUGGAUGAGUGGAGAGAACUAAAAGCCUAUUCACUCGCUGUCUUGGCGCCUCGUUUGCUUUGUUAAACUUGUUUUUGCUACGUUCUAGCCACGACGGCGUUUCUGUUUCUUUUUGACGAGUGGCGAUUUGCCGGCGACCAGAAGUAUCGCGAGUAUGUACCUCUCCACGCAGGAGCAGGACGGAAAUUUGGGGGCGUACAGGAGUUUCAUGGGAAGAUGUUGAGGUCAGUCGAUGCAGAGUGCGAAGCAACUGACUUGGAACAUGGGCACACGGGAUACGGUUCACGGAUUGGUUUGGGGACUUGGAGGUAUCGGGACAGCGAAGGAGCUGGUGACAUUUGCUUUGGCUAUCAUUAUCCGAACUCGCGCUAUCGUUGAAGAGCGGCGCGGAAGUCUCACAAUGCUUGCUAUUCUGUGAGCUGUUGCAGCACGUACGUACAUCUGAGGCAUGGACUUGCCGAGGUAGUUUGUAGCAUUAGUUAAUUGCGUACACGGCGAUGUCUUGAUGAAGAGAAAGUGCAUACACUUCCUUGUUUAUAUGGAUGGCUGGCUGCUGCUGCUGCUGUCACUGUCGCUGUCCAGCGGAGGCUCCACACAUGUCA